CAACAGCCACCACCGCAGCUUCUACAAUCAAAGCAACCACCGCAGCUGCAACAACAAAAGCCGCCACCACAGCUGCAACAACAAAAGCCGCCACCGCAGCUGCAACAACAAAAGCCGCCACCACAGCUGCAACUACAAAAGCCGCCACCGCAGCUGCAACUACAAAAGCCGCCACCGCAGCUGCAACUACAAAAGCCGCCACCGCAGCUGCGACUACAAAAGCUGCAACUACAAAAGCCACCACCGCAGCUGCAACUACAAAAGCUGCAACUACAAAAGCCGCCACCGCAGCUGCAACAACAAAAGCUGCAACUACAAAAGCCGCCACUGCAGCUGCAACAACAAAAGCCGCCACCGCAGCUGCAACAACAAAAGCCACCACCGCAGCUGCAACAACAAAAGCCGCCACCGCAGCUGCAACAACAAAAGCCACCACCGCAGCUGCAACAACAAAAGCCACCACCGCAGCUGCAACAACAAAAGCUGCAACUACAAAAGCCACCACAGCAGCUGCAACUACAAAAGCCGCCACCGCAGCUGCAACAACAAAAGCUGCAACUACAAAAGCCACCACAGCAGCUGCAACAACAAAAGCCGCCACCGCAGCUGCAACAACAAAAGCCGCAACCGCAGCUGCAACAACAAAAGCAGCCACCGCAGCUGCGACUACAAAAGCCGCCACCGCAGCUGCAACUACAAAAGCAAAGACCACUGCGCCUCCGACCACGACCACUGCCCCUCCGACCACAACCUCUGCCCCUCCGACCACCGCCGCUCCGGCUACGACCACCGCUGCUCCAUCUACGACCACCAGCGCCCAGCCAUCCAGCACCACAGGCUCCGGCUCAUCAACAACCAGCGGUGCUCCCUCUACCACGACAGCAGCCCUCUCUACAACAACGUAGAGAAUUGAAGUAUGCAACAUUCACAGAGAAGAAGAGAAAAGACUUUUUAAUUGUAAAAAAAUAAAAUCUGAAUUUAAUGAAUGCAUAAUAAAAUAUAUAUUUUUUUAUAA